AUGGGCAUCGAUCGUUCUCUUCUCAAAGAAAAGCAAAGUGAAGCCAACCCAUACAAAAAGCAAUACAAAAAGAUGAAAAAAAACAAAAGUCUGCACUCUUUGCAAAGCAAAUUACGGAAGCAGCAAAAACACAAUCUUAUGUUCGAAAUAUCGAAAAUAUCAACCUAUCAAUCCUUUCGUGGAAGAAAUAUGGAACGAGUGGAAAAUACGAAAAAAAAAAUGAUAUUCUCCAAUAUUUCACAAAACGGACAACGAAAAAAUCGAAAAUCGAGCUGUGGAACAGGAUUCGCCUUUUCCAUCAAUCAAAAGGCUAGCGAAUCGGAAGUGAGCACAGAAAUAAGAAAUAUCAUCGAAAAAAUUGUUUUUAAUACUUUACUGCCUUUCUCGUUUCUUCAAGUCAAAACGGAAAACGAAAAAGAAAAGGUACGCAAGGGGAUUACAAUCAUUAUGGAUCAAGUUGAAAAAGAGAAACAACUUCCUCCUUGUCUCGAGCCUCCCGUUGAACGUAACGCACGAUUCCACGGAAUUAAUCAAGAAAUCACCGAAAAAUUGCUAUCGUAUAUUCUUAGGUUAGAUUGCUUAAAGCAAAUCAAAAUGGUGUAA